AUGUUCCCCACGACGAACACGUUAAGCCAGGCGUUCGCCGGCUGCGGACCGUUCCCACAGCAUGUCCCUGCCCCCCAAUCGAAAUCAUCCUCGAAAUGGCUUGCCCGACACGAACUGUAUCCUGUCUGGAGCGUUACCGAGGACGCAAAGAACAAAGCAACAAAGCUAAGUGAUGCUGCUUUGGCGGAACUCGAGAAGGCAAGCCACAAGGCACAAAACAAGGCGGGCGGUAUCGAAUUAUACUCGCCGAAGUUCUAUGCUGCAUGCACACUCGGAGGUGUAAUGGCCUGCGGCCUUACACACACGGCUGUGACGCCGCUCGAUCUUGUGAAAUGUCGACGUCAGGUGAACUCGACACUGUACAAGGGCAAUUUCGAGGCCUGGGGCAAGAUCGGGCGUGCUGAAGGCCUUCGUGGUGUCUUCACCGGAUGGGGACCUACAUUCUGGGGCUACUCUGUUCAAGGUGGUUUGAAGUACGGAGGCUACGAGUUUUUCAAGAAGUUCUACGGAGAUCUUGCGGGCGAGGAAAACUACGACAAGUACAAGACGCUUAUCUACCUGGCAGGAAGUGCCUCCGCCGAAUUCAUCGCCGACAUUGGUCUUUGUCCCUUCGAGGCUGUCAAAGUACGCAUGCAAACGACGAUGCCUCCCUUCGCGAAAACGACUCUUGGUGGCAUAUCAGCAAUCACUGCCAAAGAAGGCUUCGGAGGACUCUACAAAGGUCUUUAUCCCCUCUGGGGCCGCCAGAUCCCUUACACGAUGAUGAAGUUUGCAUCUUUCGAAACCAUUGUUGAGAUGAUCUACAACUAUCUGCCUGGCUCCAAGAGUGACUACGGGAAAGGAGCUCAGACUGCUGUGUCCUUCACCGGAGGUUAUAUGGCCGGUAUUCUGUGCGCUAUCGUGAGCCAUCCUGCAGAUGUUAUGGUGUCGAAACUCAACGCUACCCGUGAAGCCGGCGAGAGCUUUGGUGGUGCCACUAGCCGCAUCUAUAAGGAUAUCGGCUUUGGAGGUCUUUGGAACGGACUGCCUGUUCGUAUCGUCAUGAUAGGCACUCUGACUGGGCUACAGUGGAUGACCUACGACUCUUUCAAAAUCUUUAUCGGUCUGCCUACCACUGGCGGUGCACCCAAGGAAAAGACUAAGUAG